CAGGUACCUGGUUGUGCUUAGACACUGUAGCUUAAUACGAGACUCGGCCCCAGCAAUCUUACAACAGUUCAAGUUGCUUCACCAACCAGCCAACAUCUCAAGUUCUGGCCUGGUCAGUGUCCCAGAGUGCGCUGGCCACAACUGUCACAUGCAGCUUCCUCACGCGCGAAUCACAUCUACAGCUCUUGGCGGCCGCAGCUGACGACGCGACAAGAUGCACCCAGACGCGCCUGCGCGCUCGUCCAAGCCGGGACGGCCGCAGGCUGCCGAAAAUGAAAUCAGCGCUGAUGAUGUACUCUCCCUAUCUCCGGGAGUCACCCUGACCCUCGCCGAGGAUGCCCUGGUCAUGUCUGGUCAGUUGGCGACCAAGCGCAGUCGCUCAUGUCUUUCUUGCCUGCCAGUUUCAGCGACCAAGGGCACACCAAACAGCAUUCCUUACUACAACAUCCUCUGGGCCGAGGUUACUGCCGACCGCAGGUGGCUCAACGUAGACUACGCUGACCAGGAACGGCCUCACUUUCUGGUUGCCCGCAGUGCGAAAUUCGCCCUAUCCGAGCUUGCCAUCGAGGGCACAUCCACUACCCCUAUUGAGGACCACACUUCCUCAUGGAUCGAGCGCCUCUUAGAUCGCGCCUAUGCCGGCGCCGCUCGCCGUAAGCGCGCAUGGGUUCUAGUUAAUCCCCAUGCCGGUCCUGGCGGCGCCGACAAGAUAUGGGAGCAGCAGGUGAGACCCAUCUUCGUGGCCGCACGCAUGCCCAUGACCGUGGUGCGGACCACCUACUCUGGCGAAGCCGUCGACCUUGCUCGGGACAUCAACAUCGACGACUACGACAUCGCUGUCCCGUGCUCGGGAGACGGCUUGCCGCAUGAGGUGUUCAACGGCCUGGCCAAGCGUGCCGAUGCCCGCCGCGCCCUGUCCAAGAUUGCCGUGUGCCACAUACCCUGCGGGUCCGGCAACGCAAUGAGCUGCAACUUGUACGGCACACACAGGCCAACUCUUGCGGCCUUGGCCAUCGUCAAGGGCGUGCCCACCCCGCUGGACUUGGUCAGCAUUACCCACGGUGACCAGCGGACCAUAAGCUUCCUAAGCCAGGCUUUGGGCAUGAUUGCAGAGCUGGAUCUUGGCACCGAGCAUCUGCGGUGGAUGGGCUCAACCCGCUUUGCUUGUGGCUUCAUGAUGCUCGCAUUCCAGAGGAAGACGUACCCAUGCGAUAUCGCCGUCAAGGUUGAGAUCGAGAACAAGGAAGACGUGAAAAAACACUAUCGACAGCAGGUCAUACAAUCUGGCCCGGAGAACUCCCGGCUCCGCGACCAAUCCCGGGACCCACGGUCCAACAUGGGUGACGAGCAGUCCAGUGUCUCAACGCCCGACUCCAAGUCUGCCGAAAGCGACAAUGGACUAGGGCUCCCGCCCCUGAAGUAUGGCACGGUCAUGGACAAGCUGCCCGACGGAUGGGAGAUUGUUCCUCACGAAAAGCUUGGUAGCUUCUAUUGCGGCAAUAUGGCAUACAUGGCGCCUGACCUCAACUUUUUCUCGGCCGCCCUUGCGAAUGACGGUCUCAUGGAUCUGAUCACCUCGGACGGCGAUAUUUCACCCUUGAAGUCCAUGGGGCUACAACUGUCGGUUGAAUCCGGGCACUUCUUUGAUAGCCCCCUCGUAUCGUACCGCAAGGUUUCGGCUUACCGCGUCAUUCCACGCAGCCAGGGCCCUGGCUACAUCAGCAUCGACGGGGAGGCGAUACCCUUUGGACCAUUCCAGGCUGAGGUGCACCAGGGCCUCGGCUUGACGCUAUCUAAGAAGGGCAUGUUCGAGGCCCCGGGGCCACAGAACUGGGAUACUGUCACCAACAGCGAGAGGCUUUUGGCUUGAAUGAUUGUCGGCGUUGCAUACCCAGUGUAUUAUCAUGUAUUGACACCUAGCAUACUAUUUGCAUUGCCUACAUAGAGCCGGCCAAAGUGCCGCGCAUGUUUUGAAGAUCUGGUUAGCUGGGUUGGCAAAGGUUGAAUGAUGAGGCGCAAGUGAUGUGUU